AUGUCUGGAAGAAAAAAACGCUCGUUGUAUGAAGUUUUCGAUUUACCUGAACAUAGUGACAAGAAAGCCAUCAAAACCAAAUUCUAUGAACUAUCCAUGAUGUAUCAUCCGGAUAAGAAUCAAGACGAUGAAGGUGCUCAUGCUCGAUUUUUAGAGAUCAACGAGGCAUACUCUGUGUUGGGCGAUGAGGCCAGGCGCAAAGAAUAUGAUAUUAGACACGGCAGUCUAUCUACCUCUAAUCAGCAUAGAUCAAAAACUGGACCAGGAUCAAGUGCAUAUGGGAGUAAUCGUAAAGCCACUAGUGCCCCAAUAAAUACCAAACUUCGACCAGAUGAUUGGAUUCAGUAUAGGCCACCCGGAUCUGGUCCUGGAGGAAAAUUCAAUAGAUUCAAUCAAAAGCCAUUUUACAACUAUAAAGAGCAUCAAGAACAGCACUAUGGACCUGCCGAGCAGACACGGCAUCAGAGAUCUGAACGAGCUGCAUUGUACCGAUACAUAUACCAUUCCAAUAUGACCGAGCCAAAGAUUAUUCCAUACAUUCUAUUGGCACUGUUUUGUGUGUUGUUUUAUCACUCUGGCGUUGUUGGCAUGAUAUGGAUGGAGCCCGAAUUUGAAUCAAAUGAUGAUUCUCGACAUUCUGAUUCGGAUAUAAUUGUUUCCCCCCUUACUGAAGCAUGA